CUCUCUCUCUCUCUCAUUUUAUGUUUUUUCACUCUUUAGCAUGUGGCCCUAGCCGCAGCCCACUUCGUCUUCCAUUCUCGCAUUUCUUCGGUUCCAUCGACUUGCUGUUUUGAUUUAUCUUCUCCUCGACUUUGUCUGUGAUGGAAAGAGGAAGAGCUUGAAAGCAAAAGCAGACCUCACUUGAGCAAUUUUCAGGUAAUGGUAAAUAACGCCCUUGUAGCUGCUCUUCUCUUAAUAGAUCCUCCCUCCUCUCACUUCCAGAAGAACCCGGAGGAGAGAAGCUAAACUAACAGCCACGAACAAUCCUUUAACCACUCUCCUCUUCCACGCGGUUUUAGUUGCUUCUUCUGCAACCCAUGUCCGACCACCGCUAGAAGGAGGGUGACUCUGUUCCUUUCUACGCCAACAAGGUCAGCCCUGCUUACUACCCCAGGGAGUGGAGGUGGAGGGAAUGGAAGAUAUAGAUUAAAUGAAGGUUGCCAAAUUUCUUCAAUACCAUUGUCGUUGUCUGAGACAUGCUAUGAGUAGAAAAUAAUGAUAGCUCUAGUGGAAUGAAAUAAGCUUCGCUAAUCUCCAUUGGACGCCACUGUUGCAAGCUUCCAACUUCCCGUUGAUUGUCAGUUGGGAUUCUUGUCUAGAAGCGUGUUGUUUAUCACAGGGUAAUUGAGAUAUUGGGGAAGAGGGAAGCAGGUAUACUAUUGAAAUGGAGGAGAGUUAGGGCGAUUAGUUUCUGCUUGGUGUAUGUGGCGAGGCUUAGGAGAAGGCCUUAUAAUAUAAUGGGACCUCAUAUGUAUUGGGCCUACUCAUAAGCUGAGCCCAUUUGAUGCUACUUGACCCAUCUCAACAAUUUGUGUUCUUAGCCCUAGCCCAAACACAACCAUUGUCUUCUUUCUCAGCCUCCCAACCACAGAACAAUGUAAUGCUCUGUUCAUCUCCACCCCUAGAAUAUUGCGGUCCCUUUCUUUGGUUAAAACCCACGAACAAUAUUCAUGCGAUAUCAACUGUUUCUUUUUGUCCUUGUGCAAUCCCGUCGUGGAACGAUGAUAGUGAGAAGGUGAGAAUUUUAGUUCCUUUACUGCAUUAGUCACAGAACCUUCGACCCAAUUUGUUACCAAACCCAUAUGAGGAACAUCUGUAAGAUUUCCACAGGAAGUGCCGUCUUUAUCUUCACCAAAUUGCUCCAGGACUCUAUUUUGAAGUGUUCCCAUGAAGGACAAGGGAAUUAUUGUGGAAACCCGCAAAACCAUCGGAGAGAGGUUUCCUCCAUGCUAUUCCAAACAAAAUAGAUUUGAACAUUCUCUCGGGUUUUAUAGAACGCGAAUUAUUGGUCUGCAUGAGUGACCCAUACCUCCGGAUCCACUCCAUCAAACUUGGGCAUCUCCAUUUUUCGAAUGAUGGCUGGUGCUUCCUCUAGCAACAGUGCUUGAGCGUUCUUAUGAGCUGUCGACAAAGCGCCAUUGUUUGGUUGUUGAAGAUGCAGAAGACCAUUUCGUUCUACAUAGGGAAAUUUCUCUUUCACUAAUGAGGUCAGUAAUUUUUCAAUUGAAUCCAAUCUAUCUAGUUGCUUGAGGUCACGGGUCGUCUACAAGCCCAAAUAGCAGCUCAUACCCAUUUUCAGAGGUUUCACAUCUUGACAAACAGAGCACCAUCAAGUCUCUGCUUCUUCACAAGACACACAAUCACCGUCCAUUGUUCCUGUUGAGAUUGCGAAGAAUCGGAAAUAGCGUGGCAGAACUGUUCCAUUCCACCAGUUUACAGAGCAGCUCUUAUUGACUCAUUUCGAUGCUGUUCAUAAUUUUCUAUAGGGAAAGUUUACUCGGGCCCCAGCAGUGAUGGAUUCUCUUUCUAAGUCUUUCAAUCCAAACAAACGCCUCAAAGAAGAAUUUGUAAGCAAUUUGACUGGAUCUUCCAUGCUUGAGAUCGCUGUACUUUCCACUGCUAUCCCUCUUAUCUUUGUUUUGCGACACUCCAUCUGCUUUGGUUACAAAACUGGUUCUGAUUUCGGUAGGACUUCAACCAAGAAAGGUGGGGAUGCACUUUCUGCUUCCAAAAGUUUGGGGAAUUGCGUGGCUACUGUAACUGUGGAUUUUCUGUUCAUUGUCCUACCCAUACUUUUCUUUUUAACUGUUUUGGCAGAAUGGACAUUUAUAUUGUCAAUUUUUUGGGUGGUACUCAUUUUCUCCAUUACAACUAAAAGGGUUGUAACAUCUACUUCUUGUUCUGAAGGGUCCUUUUCUCUCAGGACAGUCAUUUCCUCAUACAGGGUUGUUGUGAUGGUUGUGACUUGCCUUUGUAUCUUAGGCGUUGAUUUUAGAAUAUAUCCAAGAAGAUAUGCCAAGACUGAGACUUAUGGUACUAGUUUGAUGGAUCUUGGGGUUGGCUCCUUUGUACUUGCAAACUCACUGGUUUCACGACAAGCACGAAAUGCCUCUUUGGUGAACUUGAAGACCACUGUUCGAUCCACUAGUCCACUGCUGGUACUGGGGUUUGGUCGACUUCUAUCUACAAAAACUGUGGACUAUCAGGUUCAUACAGGGGAAUAUGGAGUACACUGGAAUUUCUUUUUCACACUAGCUGCUGUGUCAAUCCUUACAUCCAUAAUUAAUGUUCCUCCACAAUAUUCAGGAUUUCUGGGUUUGGCAAUUCUGAUUGGUUAUCAGUCUUGGUUGAUUAAUGGAUUAAGUGAGCAUCUGCUUUCUGAUAUAAGGGCAACAAAUAUCAUAAGCAAAAAUAAAGAGGGGAUAUUUAGCAUACUUGGAUAUUGGGGCAUGUACCUUAUUGGUGUCCAGUUGGGCUACUACCUAUUUUUUGGUAACCAUUCCUCUACUAAAAUGAAAAGCAAUAAGUGGGCAAGGAUCAGAGUCUCAUCUCUAUCUCUUGUUUUUUGGCUGAUAACUGCGAUUCUAAAUAGUCACAUUGAAAGAGUUUCCCGUAGGAUGUGCAACAUGGCUUAUGUUACGCUGGUCUUAGCUCAAAACUUUCAGGUUCUGGGCAUACUAAUGCUUUCUGAUUUCAUUUCUGGAAGUAAAAUUUCCAUGCUUGAAGAAGCAUUAGACCGGAAUUUACUGGGCACAUUUCUUCUGGCAAAUGUGCUUACAGGGCUUGUAAACAUUUAUGUGGAUACCCUGUUCAUCACAUCGUCGACAGCCCUAUUCAUCUUGCUUGUUUAUGCUUAUGUUUUAUCUAUCAUCAUUGGAAUUGCACACUUUUAUUGUGUAAGGUUAAAAUUUUGGUAGUGGAGCUGUGUAUAAAAAUUUUUGUGAGAAACAAUUUGGCAAGGCAAUCAGAAUUUCCGAGGGACAUGGGUCAAACUUUGUUGCUAUGAUUAUGUGGUAGGUUUGAAGCAUUUAGGAAAUUGGCACGACCUUAUCUAUUUGCGUGGAGGCAAUUUGUACA